UUAUAUGUGAAAAGCCAACUCAGCUCUAGUUUAUAUUUCAUUUUUCUACGAAAAACAAUUACAAUUUGUAUAAUAAAAUGAGCCGAUCACAACAUAACGAUGACGACGUCAACUCGUCGCUCUUCGACGCACGCAAUGAGUAUUAUAUUGGAAACUUCAUGGGCUCGAUUAACUUUGUGCUGCCAGAGCAAGGAACAGCAGGUGCCGAGUUGCUGUCCUACAUGUAUUUGUCUUAUUUGGCCAUUGAUUCGGGUCGCAUAAUUGCCUCGGACAUCAAGGAAAACAACACAACACCGCUGCUGGCCCUGCGUCUGGUCCACGAGGCGUUUGAGCAGCCUACACGCACUGAGGAGGUGCUGGAGAAGCUCACAGACAAGGUGGCUGGUGAGGAAGAUGAGACAAACAUUUGGCACAUUGCCACGGCCAUUGUCUACUGCUACGAUGGUCAGUUUGAAAACGCACUCAAGAUACUGCAUGGAUCCAUAAAUCUCGAAUCAAUGGCUUUGUCGGUACAAUGUCUGUUGCGACUGCAACGCGUUGAUCUGGCCAAGCAACUGGUAGCUAAAAUGCAGGAGAUUAGCGAUGAUGCAACAUUGACACAGCUGGCGCAAGCUUGGGUAGCCUUGGCCCAAGGAACCGAACAGAUGCAGGAUGCUUUCCACAUUUACCAGGAAUUCUGUGAGAAGUUUAAGCCAACGCCUGCGUUGCUCAACGGCCAGGCCGUCGUGCAUUUGGGACUGGAACGUUAUGAAGAGGCUGAGGCUGUGCUCCGAGAGUCUUUGACCAAGAAACACAAUGACUACGAUACGUUAAUCAAUAUGAUGGUGCUGUCGCACUUGACGGGCAAGUCGACCGAGACGAUAAGCCGAUACUGGGAGCAGCUGAGGCAAUUCUAUCCAAAGAGCGACUUUGUGACCGACCUGGACAAGAAAUCCGCCGAGUUUGACCGCCUCUGCUUGGAGUAUGAACCGAAGAACGAGCAACUGCUUGCAGUCUAAAUCUAAUAUAUUCAAUUCCAAAAUAUUGCAUCCACUUAUAAAACUUUAUAUGCAUUAAAUUACAAUACAAAUUUAUUAGAGAUAUAAAUGUAA